AGGGUCCAACCAACCCGAUGAGAAGCCCUAAGCCCCUACCCGUCUUUCCCGGUCCGCCUCGUCGACUCCACUUCAGGUGCGGCCGUCAGUUUUGGCUUUUGCUGCUUAGACUGAAGAUUUUCGGAAGCUAGGAAUUGAGCGCGGGCACAAUCUUUUGCUCUCUGUUGCAGCCAAGCAUCCCAUGGCUGCCUCCCGCGUCGUGCUGCUUCGGGCGGCGUGGUGCCGCGCCUCGUCUUCCCUCCCCGCGCUCUCUGGCCGCCCUUCUCUCUGCGCGCUUCCCCGCACUCUCCGCUGCUUCCCGCCUUCUCCUCUUCUCCGAAGACCUAGCCCCUAUCUUCUGAAGCUCUACAGCUUCGCCACUGCAGCUACAGCUGAGCCAAAGCAAGCCUCAAGUGCCUCCUUCUCCGUGGCCGACGAAUCGCACCCAUGGCCGGAGUGGGUUGCAUUCUUGGAGAGGCUCAGGAGCAAGGGCUACUUCGACGGCCCGCCUGGUGCGAUUACAGAGAGCGACGCGGCUGAUGGAUCCGAGGAUUUGAAUCGCGUCAAGUUUGCUUGCCUCAGUUUUGCUCGUGACCGGUUCGAUAUCCUCCGAUCACUGUCUAAGGAUGACAUUAAAACAGUUGUUGGACAUGGGUGCCCUAAUCUAUUCCGCAAGCCUGUCCAUUCUGCUAAACGUCUUAGAGCAUUUGUUAAGCUUGAUGAGGGGGAAGUAUGCAGUUCAUGCAACUUACGAGGAUCUUGUGACAGAGCUUAUAUAAAUGCAGAGGAAGGAGCACGUACAGUUGAUGUUGUGAGGAUAUUGCUGAAUUAUGCUGCUGAUCCUCUUCUUCUUUCACGAGACAGAUCACAUGAAGUGGUAGAAAUUGAAGCAUCUGCACGUAGGUUGCUAGCUAAGCUGACUGAGAUGAGCAACACUCCUGUAGAUCCUGCCCUUUCUAAGCCUGCAGUGAAGCCUUCACCUCAGCAGGAAAGGCAAAAAAGCAAGAUGAGGCAAGACAACGUUGAAAUGCAACGUGGUGACUGGAUUUGCCCAUCGUGCAAUUUCAUGAACUUUGCUAGAAAUUUACGAUGCCUAGAAUGUAAGGAAGAAGGCCCAAAGAACGUCGACUUUGGCAUUGCUGAAAUGAAGAAAGGAGACUGGACUUGUCCCAAUUGCAAUUUUAUGAAUUUUUCUCGAAACACCACCUGUAAAAGGUGUGAUGAGCCACGACCCAAGGGUGAAAGCGGCCCAGAGAUGGAAGUCAAAAUGAAGCUGGGUGAUUGGGUUUGUUCCGAGUGUCAAUUCAUGAAUUUUGCUCGGAACACCAAUUGCCGAAAGUGCAAAAGGCAACGACAGAGACAACUUAAUCCAGGAGAAUGGGAGUGCCCCUCGUGUGAUUUCUUAAACUUCCGUAGGAACAGUUCUUGUUUAAAGUGCAAUACCGAACGCCCAGAAGCAAUGGAGUUUGGUGAGCAGAUAUGGAAGAGACCAUAUGUAGGAACCAGAAUGGUGAGCUCUAGGGAUGAAGAUGACCAUGGCUAUGAAGACGAAGAUGGUGACGAUAUCGAUGAGGAUAAAGAUGACCGUGAUUAUGAUGGUAGCAGUGAUUCCAAAUUGAAAAAGGAGUUUCCCGAAUUCAUGCCUAUAAGGGAAGGGGGGAACAAAUUUGUUACGAGCAAGCGAAGAUCACCAUCAGAAAGAAGACUAACCUCUGGCAGAAGCAAAAACUACCUAUAGUCGCUUAGACUAUACGUGUUGCAACUGUGAAUGAGUUGAACUGAGUCGGCAAAUAGGUUUAGUUUUGCAGCGAAAGACUGUAGCACAAUCUGUUGUUCCAUAAGAUCGUUUCUUCUCUCUUGGA